AUGAACCCAUUUAAAAGUGUUUCUGGCAGACAACGUCAGCGCAAGUCGAAAUCCGCGAAAGUUGAGGUUAAGCAAGAGCCUGGUAUUAAGGAAGAGCCCAAUGACGGUGACGAUGUCAUGAACAUACCACGGCCGAGAGUUGAGGGAAGAUAUCGUGCGAAUUACGAAGGACCGUUCGAUUUUGGCUCUAAUCUUCAAACACAUUCGAUGACUCACAUCGAUGGACCGCCAAAUGCUUGUGCGAAAUGUGAUCGACGAUUUGCCACUCCAGACGAUAAGCAAGCACACGAAACACGCUGCCAACGAAGUCCCUUCGCAUCACACAGCGAUCAGUUCCCGAUCCAAUGCUUAAAGUGCUUCGGAGGAUAUGCAACCGAAGGUGCAAAAGAGGUUCAUGAAAAUGGCUGUGGCUACCAUCAUUAUCAAUGCCAUUUAUGCAAGAAGUAUCGCCGAGACAAACAAGACUUGAAGAUUCACAUGCGAAAAGACCACACCGGCGAGAGGAUUCAAUGCGAAAAAAUGAAGCCAUUCAAAGGGGUUCCUGGUCGAUGCAGCAAGCGCAAGUCAAAGUCGACAAAGGUUGAAGUCAAGCAUGAGCCUGGUAUUAAGGAAGAGCCCACCAACGAUGACGAAGUCAUGAACAUACCAAGGCCGAGAGUUGAUGGAAGAUAUCGCGCGAAUUAUGAAGGACCGAUCAACUUUGGCUAUGACUUCGAUGAGGUAAAGGAUGGAAUCAAAUGUGAAGAAGAAGAGACGGGCAAAGAAGGGGACUCGACACCAUGUGAACGAUCGAAUGAGGGCGCUGCCGCCAACGCCGAUGACAACGAGAAGCCAACGGAUGACACAAUCGAUGUUCAACUACCGCAACCAGUCGGCAGCAUCAAAGAUGAAAUCAAAUGUGAAGAAGAAGAGACGGGCAAAGAAAAGGACUCAACACCAUGUGAACGAUUGAAUGAGAGCGGCGCCAACGAUGAUGACAACGAACAGGCUAUGGGUGACGCAGUCGAUGUUGAACCACCGCAACCUGUCGAAUCAAGCGGCCAAAAAGCAAAACAAGCACAAAUGCCAUGUGUGCAAUCAUUUGUCAAGUGA